UAGCCGAAAACUUGUUCCUAGUAGCAACCGUGCAGAUCCCUGAUGAGAGCAGAUUGUGCUCAUUACACAAAGCAUACGGAUGUGAAGGAAGUUACGCUAUGGUUCGGAAGACACGUACGUCAACCAGCGACUAUAUCUGCAGUGUAUUUACUAUUUACCAUCGUACAUUCAGACCGCACUCCGCCGCGCACUAGCCAGUUAUUGUCCGUAACGGUGUGCGAUACAGAAUGCUGGAAGCUUAGGAAGGACACACGCGGGAAGGGACCACGUCUGCCACGGCCACACACAUACGGCACCGCUCGCUAUACGCGUCUCUAUCGCCAUGCGCAUGCCGUUACUUCCUCGUCGUCGGCGUAUCGGCAUCGUUCGGCUCUGCAUAUCUCGUCUGCUAAUUCCCGCCAUCUCGUUUACGUGCGUGCUGAUAGUGUACGCGGCGAGCGGCGGCGGUGACGGCGGCGGUGCUCUCCCGCCCGUGCGGCAGUACGACACGUUCGAGGAGGCAGCCCGCGCGAUUGCUGCCGACGGCAGAGUCGUGGCGACGACUGUCGUUAACGACGCCUUCGUGCCUCUCACGUUCAACUGGCUGUGCAACACCAAGGACAUGGGCGUGCACGAGAGCGUGGUUCUCGUCGCCACCGACAGGGAGGCGUUUGCGAAGCUGCGUCGGCACUGGCCGCGCGUCGCCAGCGUGCUGCUCGACCUGGGUGACGAUAUGCGUCGCACGCACCUGUUCGGCGACGUCGGCUACGAGAAGCUGAUGAUCAAACGCACCGAGUUUAUCAACGCAGCGCUGCAGGCAGACGACGCGCGCGUGUUGCUGUUCGAAACAGACGCCCUAUGGUUGCGAAACCCGAUCGCCGAGCUCGCGCGCGGCAGCAACGCUUACGACAUCCUCGUCGCGCUGAACCGACCGAACGGCGAGAUCGCCGGAAACUUCCUCUACUUCCGGCCGACGCCGAAGACGAAGCUCUUCUGGGCCGAGAAGACGCGCCUGAUGACGUCACAGCUGGCGGGAUUCGUCGGCAAGCGUAGCGACGACCGCACGCCGGAGAACGAUCAGAAGUACGUGACGAAGCUGCUCGCAGCUCGCUACGCCGACGUGCUCGUCGCCGUCUGGCCGCUGGAGCGCGUGCAGACGGGCCGCUGGUACACGCGGCAGACGGUGCGAGCCAAGCCGACGCUGCCUGACGUCAUCAACAACAACUUCGUGCGCGGAAUCGCUGCCAAGGAGACGCGCGCCAAGAGAUGGCGCCACUGGUUCCUGCGAGACGACGGAGUGACGUGUGAUGGCGCGCAGGUGGAGCGCAUUCUGACGCUCGGCCCGCGCGCAGACGAACCACCAGACGAACCGCCAUGGCCGUAACCAUGGCAGCAGUUGUAGUUGUAGCUAAACCUGUGGCUGUAGCUAUAUGGGUAAAACUAUAGCUCUAGCUGAAAUUGUAGCUAUGGCUGUAGUUAAACCUGUAGGUGUAACUAUAUGGCUCAAAUUGUAGCGAUCGCUGUAUAGCUACUACGGCUGUGACGGCAUGUGGCUCUAGCUGUAACUGUGGGGGCGUCUGUAUUAUAUAGUUGUAGCUGUAGUUGUAGUUGUGGCUGCGUUGAUAGUUGCGGCUGUGAAUCAACAAUUUUUACAGCUAUGCACAAUGUAGCACAAGUUUUCAGCAUAAUACGUACGGUCUCUAUAAACAUAUAUACCAGGAGCGUAUAAUGACAAAUAUAUACGCUCCUGUCAUAUUACGCUCCUGAUAUAUACAGACAAUGAUCGUUGAUCACAUAAGUACCUGAAAUCAGCGCAAUUUAUAGUUUUGUUUUGUCCUAUUAAUUAUUGUUUUGAUAUUCAUUAGCUAUAUAUAUAUAUAUAUAUACGGUUGUAAUUAAGCUAUCGUGACGGUUACUGCACAUUUUACACAGUUUUCAGUUUCAACAGUUGAUAGGGAAGUAAGCUUAGGCCUAGGGGAGGUUUUUUGUAUAAUACAACGGUUUUGUUCAACUGUAUGCGAUGCAGUGCGGGCGUGAUGUUUUGACAUCAUAUGUAUGUUAUCCAUUAUUAAAAUAGUGAUAUUAUUCAUAUAAUGGGUUACGCAACGCAUGAAUCCUUCCUUUCAGUGUUAAUGUUAUGUAUGUGUUCAAUAUUUUUAGUGUUAAAUUGUUUGCUGUACGCAUGAAUAAAAACAAGCGAAUACGCUGCUAGUUGUUUGUUACCAUAUUGUUGUUGACUACGCUUAGUUCCUGUGGCUGUUCGCCAUUCCUAGUGCUGCUAUUGAUUGGAGAUUGGACUGGGACAUGCUUUAUUAUCGUCAUUGCAUAUGCGUUUCGAAAGCAGCGCGUUUCAUAAAAUGAAACCAAAUAAGUUCGUGCCAUGUGCGGACAUGCUUGUUUGGUAUCCAGAUGAGACGGGAUACCGGAGAAGUGUUGCCGAAAGGAGAUCGUUGAUAGUUGAUCCUAACCGCUGAGCACGGAUCUUGCGCGCAGUUCCGCGGCAAGGCGCACGGGACCGCGGGAACGUCCUACGACAGUAUGCAGCGCGUGCCAUGUGCGGACAUGCUUGUUUGGUAUCUAGUGGUUUGAUCGUCGCGUCAGCACUGUAAAACGAUACCGUCUCGCGCAUAAGCAGAGUAAACAAUUAGUAAAAUAAUAUAAAAUCUUUUCACAUUACGCGCCACAUCUACUUACAGAUCUCGUUGCAGGUUCGUAUAUGGAUAAAUAUGCGCGCACACACGCAUGCGCACGCAUACCCUAAACGCUAUAUUUCUUUCGCACCAUUCCUUGUAUAGUUACUAGGAGAGCUGAGCCCUGACAGAAGCGAACGAGGCAUGGAACACAGAUUCUAUCCAGAGAGUUCGUUGCAGAAUUCGCAAACCUGUGGAGCUAUAUAUAAUAUAAUAUAAUAAAAUAACAAACGGUGUUACAAUUAAUUAAUAUGCAAUUAAAUAUGCAUAGUAUUAUUGUGAUAAAAAUAUAUAGUUUAACUCUGGUUGGAUAAGACUACAGUUUUCCGGAAUUAUAAUAUAUAUAUAUAAUCAA